AUGAGUGAAAAACGAGAAGAGAAGCAGCAAGGCAGCUUCGCAAAUAAUACGCUACAAGAAGAUUCCGAUGUAUCGCUUAGAGGAGAAGAGCAGCCAGGAUGGAACUUGGUUGACGAGUUGAGAGUUCGUACAAAAGUAGACAUGACCGUGUUGCCACUUCUCUUCCUCGGCUUGCUGGUAUUCCAACUUGAUCGCAUGAAUAUUGCAAGCGCCCUGACGGGAGGCUUUGCAACAGAUAUUCAUGUCACUCAGUCCACAAUUAACUUGGGAAACCAGCUCAUGUUCAUGAGUAUUGUCAUUUUUGAGAUUCCAUGCAACAUGGCACUCCAGCGUGUCGGCCCACGCAAAUGGAUAUCUGCUCAGGUAUUUGCAUUUGGUUUCAUCGCCAUAAUGCAAGUAUUUAUCAAGAAUCGAGGAGGAUUUCUUGCUACUCGCCUUCUUCUCGGAUUUGCUGAAGCCGGCUACAUUCCUGGAGCAUGUUAUACCUUGUCGACCUGGUACAACAGACGAGAGCUGGCGAAAAGAGUAGCUAUCUUCUUCUUCGGCAUGUUUGGGGGUAACGCAAUCAGCCCUCUACUGGCUUCAGGUAUCUUGCUGCUGGAUGGUCACCGAGGCCUCCGAGGAUGGCAAUGGCUCUUUCUACUUGAGGGUCUUUUUACCAUCUGUGUUUCUAUAGUCCUCUUGGUUUUCCUUCCAGGGUCACCCUCUCACCCAAAACCUCUAUUAAGCUCAGGAUUCAUUAGAUUCUCAGAGUCUGAAUCAAAGAUACUGCUAAAGCGUCUCGAAAAAGAUGGCGAUGAGGAUCGAAGCGGACAGGGUCUCAAGAAGAUUCCUCUCUCAGUUGUGUGGAGCACAGUAUCUCACUACCGCCGGUGGCCACAUUUUGUCUCGACCUUUGUUGUCUUCUCAACUUGGAGUCCUUUGACCACAUAUACGCCAUCAAUCAUCAUGUCGUUAGGUUUUGACAGAACAAGGGCAAAUGCUUUGGCUGCAGUCGGCGCAUUUCUUGCCCUUGCCGUUGUUUUCAUGUUUGCGUUUCUAAGCGACCGCACCAAUCAGCGAGGUGCUUCUGUGAUUGCAGCCCAGACAUGCUACUUAAUCACGUUGAUUGUGGCUCGCUCACUUCAGCCUCAUGUAGGCAAGUGGUCGCGAUGGGGUUUGUGGACGGCUGUUAACAGCUUCGCCGUUGGCUACCAUCCCGUUCACAAUUCCUGGGUUCAACUUAACUGCAACGACCCCAGAGAAAGGAGCAUUAGCAUCGCCAUGUGGGUCAUGUCUGCUAUUAGUGGUCUCAUGGCCGGAGCACAAUACUUUCAAGCAGAUGAUAAGCCGCUCUAUUCAAAGGGCUUGCGCAUCAUGAUCAUUAUGGUCUCAAUAGGAAUCGCCAGUGCCAUAGUGCAACUCGUUGUCUACAUACGACACAACCAAAGAGUAGCUGAAGGAAAGAGUCAACGCGAGGCGGGAUUAAGCCCUAGAGUAUAUGUACCAUGA